GGUAUAUUCUGGGACAUCGAGAACCUUCAGGUGCCGACCGAUCGGUCAGCCAUACAACUGGUGGAGCGGAUCCGGCGCUUGUGUUUUGAGCGCAAGUACCGCGAGAGCGAGUUUCUGGUGGUUUGCGACACAUAUAAGACAAACCCCAAAUUGCUCAACGAUCUGAACGCAGCGCAGGUGACAGUCAUUCACGUAAACGGUAUGGCGAAGAACGCGGCCGACGACAAGCUUCGGCAGCAGAUCCAGCGAUUUGUCGAUCUCAUCGGUAAUGCGUCGGCUGUUGUGAUGCUCACAGAUGACGUAAACUUUGCGCCCGUUUUAAGUGAUUUGCGAAACCGAAGAGGCGUUGAGAUCAAUCUGAUCCAAAGACAAGCCGGCGCUGCCCUUAAGACGAGCGCUAAUUUUGUUUUAAAUUUUGCCGAUUUCUGCAAAGAUCUGGACUUACGACAAAAAAUUCAAAUCAAAGAGUUUAAAGUAUUAAUCAAAGGUUUGCCUACAAAUCGCCGAUCGGUGGAUAUCGUAAAGCGGUUGCAGCAAAUGGUGACCAACUGUGGCGGUCGUAAAGUGGCCACAAACCCGUCCAAAGGCGAGGCCACCAUUCAGUUUGCCUGCGCGGACGACGCCCGUCGUUGCCAACAGAGGCUCAAUAACCACAAUGUUUUUGGCCACAGGAUUGAAGCGGUUGUGUUGGGCGACGAUUGGCGCCCUCAACAAAGAGGUUACCAGAACUGGUCCCGAGGCCGUCGUCCCGCGCAAACUCGUCGCGUAUCGCCAGUCAAACUAAGAGAUCGUCCAAAUAAUGGUCGCCCCGUAUGGCCGCCAUCGUCGGCAGGUGUGGCCAAAGCCCCAUCGGUUGCUUCCGCGGCUCAGUUUGUCAAUCAUAGAACCGGUGGUUAA